AUGGCGGCGCACGUGCUGCUGCUGCUGCUGCUGCUGCUGCUGCUGCUGCUGCUGCCGCCCGGGUCGGUGACCUUGGCCACCAGUGAGACCUCAUGUGGCCCAGAUAUGUACCUGUUUGAGAACCUCUGCUGCAAACUCUGCCCAGCGGGUCACCAUGUCAGCGGACACUGCCGUACGAACCACAGCCAAGGAGACUGCACACCUUGUGGGCCUGACACCUACAUGGCCCAUGACAACAGCCGGCUUUACUGCGACAAGUGCAGCAAGUGCCGGGAAGACCAGGAGCUGGUGGCCAACUGCUCCCGGACCAGUGACCGGCAAUGCCAGUGCAAGUCGGGCCAGUUCUACUGCGACUCUGCAGACUGCACGGAGAGCUGCUUCCGGUGUAGCAGGUGUUCUGGAGACAGAAAACCCCUUCGGCCAUGUAAUGCCACGGCGAACACAGUAUGUCCUGAGCCAGGAAAUGUAAACUUGUAUUGGUUAUUCUCGGUUCCGGUUGGCAUCAUCAUCAUCAUCAUCAUCAUCAUCCUGGUCAUCUACUGUGGAAGAAAAGGGGGACACAGUGUCCAGCAGUGGAUGGCCAAGUUCUUCAAAGGAGAGUCGAACGAGCCAGGCAGCUCUUUUGCUCUAAGCAGCAGGCCCACGGAGACCCUGCAGCCCGCGGAUGCUGACAGGGACCGUCCAGCCCCUGACGUGGAAACGACAGUGCUGUUGGAGGAGGAGAACUCGGCCUUGCCUCCCGAGGCCGAGACCCGGACCAGCCCUGGGCCCUCAGAGGACCCAGGGGAGAGCCCCGUGGGGCAGGUGCUGGCGGCUGAAGGAAGCGCAGCUGCCCCAGAGCAGGCGCCGCACACUCGUGCUCCUGCUGCCCGCAGGCCCCAGCGCUGGACCAAGGCCACAGCCUCCCUAGGGGACCUGGAGCAGGAAUAUGCACAAAAGUAUUUUUUGAAGGAUACUUCCUAUGACGCCACCAAUAGAAUUUAUUAUGAAAUUGGACGUGAGGUUCCAAAAAGUAACUGGAAGAUGUUUAUGAGAUUUAUCCAACUGGAAGAAAAUGAAAUUGAGAUCUGUGAACAUGAAAAUCAAGGAAAUGUGAUGGAACAGCAUCAUAAGAUGCUCCUGCGCUGGAGAAAUAACCUUGGAAAGGACAGUUCUGUUUUUAAACUCAUGGCUGCCCUCCAUAAAAUGGAGUUACACGUGCCUUUGCAAAAUAUUAUAAAUAAAUUACUUGCUGAAAAUAUCUUAGGUAGGCAUCCUGGGACCCCAAGUUAGAGUGUUUUUUGGCACAUUUGAUGUUAAGCAGUGGCCUGGAUGAAUCAGAUACAAGCUGCUUCUACAAGCUCUGAUCUUGUGGGAAGCUUCAUGAAUCCCAGAUACGGCUAUACUUUCUAUAUGAAGCUUUCGAUGGCGAAGUCAGUUCUGUGUCCAGGCAAGGGUGCUUCUCUGCCAGAGAGCUAUCCUUGGCCUCUGUGGCUGAGAUGCAUUAUGGAGGUUCCAGAGGAACCGGCUGCCUUUGCCUGUUCACGGUCCUGGAAGCCUGUUCCCCAGGAGCUGAGGCUAGGAGGAUUUGGUUGCUGUCUUUCUGCCUUGACCAUUGGUUCUCAUAUUCACUGUGAUGCUCCUAUGCCUAGAACAGGGUGUGGUCCAGACUAGUUGUUGCCUAAAUAUGUAUGAGUAAGCCAACCACAAAGACAACUUGCUGGCCACUCUGGGCAGUUGUGGAUGAUUGGCUGCAUCAGGCACUGGGAUCAGAAUCAGCGCUUUUAGGCUGCCCCUGGGGUCUUCUGCCUGAGGAGAAGAUUGAAUUUAGACUAGACCCCACCUUCUAAACCAAGAUUAGCAGGGGUGGGGCAUGGUGCUAAUCACAGAGACCUCUUUAAGUGCCUUAAACUUUUUAAGUAUUUUUUUUUUUUUUUUUGAGACAGAGU